AUGGCUUUAGAACAAGCUAUGUGCUGUCAUGUAACAUACGAUCUGUUCCACGUGGACCACGGCGCUAUUGCAAACAGUCAUGCUGCACUCGAAGCCGGCGCAACGCAUAUUGACACCAGUGUGCUUGGCAUUGGCGAGAGAAACGGUAUCACAUCCCUUGGUGGACUUAUCGCUCGCAUGAUGGUUGGAAGUCGCGACCAUGUGAUGAGCCGGUAUAAGCUCCAUAAGAUCAAGGAGAUUGAGGACAUGGUGGCGGACGCCGUCCAAAUUAAUGUUCCUUUCAACAAUCCCAUUACUGGUACGUUAUACAUGCCCCCCUACCUCACUCUGUCCAAAACGAAGCUCUCAGUCUCCCUAUUAAAAGAGGUGCUAACAAUUCUCGCGAUGUUAGGUUUCUGCGCACUCACUCACAAGGCCGGAAUCCAUGCCAAGGCCAUCCUGGCCAACCCCUCGACCUAA